AUGGUGGCCGAAUUGAAAGUGCAUAGGCAACUCAACAAGCAAGAUCUUGAUUUGUUAAAUCAUUUAAAUUUGGAGAUGCAGAGACAUGUUACCCGGAAAUGUCUACUUGUUAAAUGGUCAAAGCCUCCAUCGGGAUGGAUCAAGCUUAAUUGCGAUGGGAGUUAUCGUAAUAAUCCAGAGUCUUCGGGAGGUGGGGGUAUCUUGCGAGACAUAGAUGGAUACUUUAAAGUAGCCUUCUCGGCUCAUUUUGGUCUUGGUACUAAUAAUAAAGUUGAAUUGAGAGCUAUGUUGGAAGGGAUUCGACUUUGUAAAAGUCUAUCUUUUUCCAAGAUUGUGGCUGGUCUGAACUUGUACAAAGAAGAGGGCCUGGUAGCUUUCAGUACGAGCUUAAUUGGGGGAGAGAAGACGGCUGCACUUCAUUGA